AUGGAGUCCGCUCCACUCACCUUGGCUCAUACCCAUGCGCGAAAUGCAGUUCUGGAGACUCGCAAGUCUAAUCCUGUAGCAGCCAGUGAAGAACAUGAUUUGGCAGCUGGCGAGUUUGCAACCGCCGCCCAACAGAGUGCCGAUCGCGAAGCUUUACGGACGCUUCACCUUCUGGAAGAUCAUCAUAAGAAACUCGCUCAGAUCCUGCGUUUCCAACAUGAGCACCCUCCAUCGGCCCCCGAUCCCGCGGGGGAAAAUUCUCCACUGACCCCAGUCGAAUCCGCCGCCGCGAAAGAGGCGCUGCAUGUCCCUCCCAAGCUGCCUACCCAGGUGCGACUGCCCACGCGGGAAACUUCGUCCAUCGCGAGCAAUCUAGCCUCGGCGCGGGGCAUCCCUGCCCACCCGCGCCGGGCAUCUCCCGUCUCCCCCACGCUGUCGGCCCAGCAGGCGGGGGCCAAAAUGGCCGAGGGUCCGUCGAAGAUCCCAACCGGCCAGUCCAGACUCCGAGGCACCCAAGCUACGGCGACCAAAGAGCGCAACCGCAACCUCAACUCCAGGGACCCCCUCCCUCCUCCGUCCCUGGGAGCCAGCCCCACCGAUGUCACCUCCAAACAGUUCGUCCCCGCCGACAUGGCGGAAUCGCCCCAUGCCACGCAUCGCGAACCUCCCGGUGAGGAACCCUUCCAGCGGUUCUACUCCACCUUUGAAGGCCUCAUCUCCAAGAUCUCGGCUCCCCUAGCCUUUGCCGGCCUCCCACUCGGCGCAGACUCCACCCCGUCCUACCAAAAGUCCACCGCGGAGCCGAAACUGGACCGCCACCCCGCGACCUCCGACCGCUCGAGGCGAUCCGCCGACCCGGACAUCAGUAAGAUCUUCUCGCGUGCGGCCCUGCGGUCCCUCCGGGACCCCAAUGGUGGCACGGGGCCCAUCACGACCACGAGCGCCGCCGAAUCCUUCUACGUCGUGCCGACCACGGGCGGUACUGUCUCAUACGCCGGCAUCCUAGGCCGGGGCGAAGGGGCAGCACGACGGAGCAGUCUUGACGACGGCGACGACGACUUUGUCGAUGCACGCGAGACGCCCCCCUCGCCAGAACUCCGUCACAGUCUAACAGGCGGAAGAGCCAAGAAGGGACGCGCCGCCGGCAGCGAUAAGUUCACCAGCCUGCAGAACCCAAAAACCAUGGAAGAACUGCAGAUGGAGAACCAGGCCCUACGCCACCUAUCCGACACGCUGUCCACGCGUCUCCACAUGUGGGAAGUCAACGCGCAGUCGUCAUCAAUGGCCCUGCAACAGUCCCUCCGAGCCAUGCACCACCAGAGCCAUCCGUCCCUCGAGAGCCACCGCCCGCAGUCCCCCUCAACAGUGACAGCCUCGGCCAUCACCCCGCCCCAGGAACCAUCGCCAGGCGACCAAGACAUCCGCAUCAAGGAACUCGAAGACCUGAUCCGCCGCAGCGAGCGCGAUCUCGACAAAGCCGGCCGCGAGAACGACAAGCUGCGCGACAUCGUCGGCCGCUACCGCGAACGAUGGGAGAAGCUCAAAGAGGGCGCCAAAACGCGCCGCGCUGAGGGCCGCUCCGCCGUGGACCAUGCAUCUCGGAAAAGUCCAGCCAUCCCUCCACCCAACAGUCCCCGUCCUGCUGCGACUGGACAUAUCCCGCCCCGCCAGACGUCAACGCGAGCUGAGGUUGAUGGCGGCGACACGGAGAACGACACUACUUCGACAAACGAUGCUGAGCCGAGGACGGAUGCGUCUGAUAGUUGA